AUGGGCUGGUGGAACUCAAAAACGACACCCACGCCCCCGGCGACAAAGGACGAGAAAGAUGCGACCGUAGCGACAGCGUCGACCAACGCUCCCCAAUCUCCCAUACCUCCCUCCGCCAGCGAUGCCACACACUCCUCGACUAUUUCGGCGCAGGCCGAGAAGAAGUUCGACCACCUCAUGGAGGAUAUCGCCGAGGGCCACACCGCGGACUCGACCGAAAGCAAUAUUCGCUAUGCCGCCUACACCAACCGCAUACGAACGGUUCUAUCGUCGGCGCAUCGCUAUGUCGCGUACACCUCGGAUAUCGGCGAAUCCUUCCGACCUGUCGCGCAUCCGAAUUUCGUGAGAGCCGCCUACGGAGUUUCGUGGCUCUACAUAUUGGGUGACGUUUCCUAUGAAGGCUACAAGGCAUACCUGCAAAACCAGCGCGUGCUCCGGGGUCUCGUUCCCGGAGACAAGCCUGGGGAGCUAAAAACAGGAGAACCAGGUGUGGUCACCCCUCUCCAGGACUAUCGAACGGUCAUGGUGCAGCGAGGUAUCUUCCAAAGCCUCGCCAGCAUGGGACUCCCGCCUUUACUAUCCACUCGGUUGUCAAGUACUCCGGCAAGGCUAUGA